UGCUAUGAUGCAUCGAUUUCUAUACAAACGUUUCCACCGUCCGAGUCAUUUUACCAUGAAAAAGUCAAACAGGUCGUGAAAGGUAUGUGUCGCUUUCGAAUCGAGCGGUUCAGUUUCCGACCCAACCACGGGAUCUCAAGAAAGAGUAGACGUAAUUCCACUUGAGGAGAACAAUAGUAGUUCUUCGGAAGUGAAUAAUCACGACGGUUCAGAGGUCGAACAGAUAUAGUUAAGUGUCCGUUUGUAUUGAUCACGGGGUCGAUAUGAAGUGAACCCCUGAAAGGUUAUGAUAAUGCUGUGAAAUAAGUUCUUCGUUGUGCUAGUGACCGGGAAAAAUGGGAAAAUCUAAGUGUAUUCAUUUCUUGCUUAUACUAUUGGUCCUUCUAGAAAAUCAUCUUGUAUUAUGUAAGAAGAGCAUUAGCAGUGGAAGAAUUUCUAGGCCUUCAAGACCAAGACCCAACCCGACACAUAGGCCUUAUACAGCUGCACCAACACAUAGGCCAUAUACAGCAGCUACUCGAGCACCAACUUACAAACCUUUUCCUUCUCCAGUACCUACUUACAGACCACAGUCAGUGCCAGGAAGGAAUCCAACAUAUAGGCCAGCCACACAACCUGGCAGAUAUCCAACUCAGUCAUCAAGAUACCCACAAGGUCCCCCACCAGCGUAUCCAGGAAAUCAACCAGGAGCAUAUAGACCAACCUUCGCACAACCGAAUCAACAGAGUUUCCAACGACCUCUGCAAAUUCCCCAGCCUGGCGGCACGACUAAGGUGAAAGUAUACAACAUAAACAAUUACCAUCCUCCGAACUACUAUGCUCCAAUGGUUUAUCCCUCAUACCACUAUUCUCCCGUGAGCACCGGUAGCGGGGUCCUUGGCUUCUUUCUGGGAUACUCCCUCGCUCGUAUCACCAGUCCAACGUUCUCUCAUUGUCAUUCCUGCUACAACGGAUAUGUGCCAAGAUACGACCAUUACACUGUGCAUCAUUACUACCACAAUAACAAUAAUGUGCCCAAGGAACAAACAGUGACAACCAACAAUAUCAUCACUUGUGGUGACAGUUCACAGAUUUGUCCCGCGAAUACUAUAUCAUUAUGUACAGCCACCGGUCAGAUCAUGUGUGUGGUAGCUGUUACCAAAACGAUACCCUGUGACAAGGAUCCAAAUAUGAAAUGUGUCCAAAGUAGCGUACCCUGUGAGAAUAACGAUGCACCUGAAUGCAAGGGAAAAGCCAAAGGUGAAACCACCACAGUAAAUAUCCCUUGCAUUUCAAACACCAUCAUUGAAGGCAAUGUUACUACGGUGAAUAAUACCAUUGUGUCUGCUGAUCCUCCGAAGAAUACAACAGAAAUCACUACUACUAUAUCUACAACAACUUCUUCAUCAGAUUCUACAACAACUGAACAAACAACUAUUUCCAAUACUUUUCCAUCUCUGGGCGCCAAUAACACUUUUCCUUCUUUAGGAACUAGCAGAGCAAAGAGAGAAGCAGCACAGCCCUUCUGCGUUACAAUACUUGCAGAACCUUCUGUAAGGAAAUCCACUGAAGGAGAAAUUGCGUUCAAUGAAGUGACUAACGUUUUUGAAAAAUUCUUUUCCAAUGCUUUCAAAACAGGCGAUAAGAAAAAAUAGAAUGAAAAUAUCAUUUAAAAUUAAUAAACCGCCAAAGCUGAAUGUUAUUGUUAUAUUGAGAGAAUUUAUCUGUGAAUAAUUAUUAUUUACUAUUUCUUAUCAUCACAAAAUAACAAAAGUGUUUUUGUUUGUAUAUUUCUUUGUGAUACGAUUUGUUACCGACAGCAAUGUUAUUAGUUGGAGAUUUUAUAUAGAUAUGUGACAUGAACUAUUUAUUUUCAAAAAUACUAUUUGAAAUAAAUGUUUUUAUGGAAGAAUGAAUUUGCCUUUGAAUGUAAA